AUGACUACUGUUGAAAAGAUUAAGGCCAUCGAAGAUGAGAUGGCCAAAACUCAAAAGAAUAAGAAUACUUCUUUCCAUUUAGGUCAACUUAAAGCCAAGUUGGCUAAAUUGAGAAGAGAAUUAUUAUCAGAUAGUACUCCUUCUGGAGGUGGUGGUGGUGCCGGGUUUGAUGUGGCAAGAACAGGUGUAGCAACUAUUGGAUUCGUAGGUUUCCCAUCUGUGGGUAAAUCUACGUUAUUGUCGAAAUUAACAGGUACCCAUUCAGAGGCUGCUGCAUAUGAGUUUACUACAUUAACCACGGUUCCAGGUAUAAUCAAAUAUAAGGGUGCCAAACUUCAAAUGUUGGAUUUGCCAGGUAUUAUUGAGGGUGCUAAGGAUGGUAAAGGUAGAGGUAAACAAGUUAUUGCUGUUGCAAGGUCUGUGAAUUUAUUAUUUUUAGUCUUGGACGUCAACAAGCCGUUGCAACAUAAGAGAAUCAUUGAAUACGAGCUCGAGGGGGUAGGAAUAAGAAUCAACAAGGAGCCACCAAAUAUUGUCAUUCAAAAGAAAGAAAGAGGAGGUAUUAAUAUUACCAGCACUUCGCCAAUGACCCACUUGGAUAACGAUGAAAUCAGGGCAGUUAUGUCAGAAUAUAAGAUCAACUCGGCCAACAUUGCCUUCAGGUGUGAUGCGACCGUCGACGAUUUGAUCGAUGCUAUUGAAAUAAAGUCCAGAAGAUAUAUACCUGCGAUUUACGUUUUAAACAAAAUCGAUUCCUUCUCCGUCCAAGAAUUGGACUUGUUAUAUAAGAUCCCAAAUGCCAUCCCAAUAUCAGCAGGUCAAGGCUGGAAUUUGGACGAUUUGUUAGAAAUCAUGUGGGAAAAAUUGAAGCUUGUCAGGGUCUACACCAAGCCGAAGGGUAAAUUACCAGAUUUCAAUGAACCUGUGGUUUUGAGAAAUGAUAGAUGUACAGUGGAAGAUUUCUGUAAUUCGAUCCAUAAGUCCUUGGUUUCUGAUUUUAGAAAUGCUUUAGUUUUCGGAACCUCUGUGAAGCAUCAACCUCAAAUUGUAGGUUUAGGUCAUGGUUUAGAAGAUGAAGACGUGAUUACUAUUUUGAAAAAAUAA